AUGUCUGAACCAGAGGAGGGCUCCUUUGUCCGCUUCAUGCAGCUCCCAUUGGAGAUCAGACACAUGGUGUGGAGUGAAGCCUGGGCCGACCGCAAGCCUGAGAUCUGCACUCAUUUCUACACCAGAAGCCCCACCAAAGGCCUGCCCGGCUUUCCUCCGACACAGCUGAUCGUCGACGUCGACGUCGCCUUGAUGCACGCAUGCAGCGAGUCACGAGCCUUCCUCACCUCAAAAGCUGGUGGUGUGCGAUUCCGCUACUCUCUGGCCGCAAAGCGCAAUGUGCCCUGCCGGGCCUUCGACCCGGCGCUGGACACACUCUACCUUGGAGGGCACAACGUCGAAGACGCAAUCUACGUCACUGCUCCGCUCCCGAAGGAGGGCGACUGUAGGGAUACUUGA